AUGAAGUACCAAUUACCUCCACCUCUUGGUCAUGCUGUUCCCGUAUCGAAGGAGCACGCCAUAUCUGUGCAUUUCCCUGCUUGGGCUGAUGUAGCAGGUUAUGGAGCAGGAAAGGCAGAAGUCUCAGAGGCUCUACAAAAUGGUUAUCCCAGAACCUUUCUGCACAAGUGCGUUCGAGAGUUUUUUGACACGUGUAUCCGAAAUCUUCCAACGCCUGCGGAAAGCAUUGCUGUGUUUCCUGAUUACGACAGCGCAGCAGACUGCCGGUCUUUCCUUUUGGAUAAGACUCUCAACCCAGAUGGCGCAGUUGAUGAGAAGGAUACAUCGCUCUUUGCUGUCAAGCUCAGCAAGGGUCCUUCUCAGUCUGAGGUCGACUUUUCUUACAUCCCUCAGCUUUACGCUGUUACCCAUCCGCAUAGCGCGGAGUCAGUGAAAAUGACGUUCUGGCGGUUGAAUGGCCGUGGAAUUUCUUCGAGACUGGCAAAGCAAUGCCUCCAAUGUAUCGAAUUUCAACUAGAGCCUACUGCAGGCCCGCUACAAGACUCACCAUCGACCCGGGAUUUGGCCCUCUAUGAGACACUUCGCAAGCGGGUGGCCGACUUGCUUUCGCGCGCUCCCAUAGAUGCCACGAAGAAUACCCUGCCAACCAGCAAUGAUGUGUAUCUCAGCGCGUCGGGUAUGGCUGCGCUCUAUCACGUGAACCAGGCACUUUUAAGAUGGCGAAGUGAUGACAUUGUUAUGCUCGGCUUUCCGUACGAGCUGUCUAUUAAGAUGAUUGAGACGAUUGGUGUGCCUUAUCACCUUUAUAGCUACGGCCUCGAUAAAGACAUCGACAACCUGGAAGCACUCUUGAUUGAGCGAGCUAAGGAGGGCCGCAAGAUUCAGUCUGUAUGGUGCGAGUGCCCCAACAAUCCAGUCUUGCGAACCCCAGACAUGCACAGGGUGCGUGAUCUGGCGAACAAGUACGAUUUCGUCUUUGUUGUGGACGACACAAUAGGAAGUGCGGCCAAUAUUGACGUCUCGGAUGUCGCUGAUGUUAUUGUUACAUCGUUGACGAAGAAUUUCAGUGGCUAUGCUGAUGUCCUUGGAGGAUGUGUUACUUUGAAUCCAAAAUUCCCUCAUUACCAAGAGCUCAGUACCGUCUUUGCUGCAACUCAUGUAAACAAUCUCUACGCCGAGGAUGCCAUCCAGUUGGAGUUGAACAGUCGCAAUUACCUCGAGCGCUUUACGCAGCAAAACCGCACUGCUGCCUAUCUGAUUGACUUCCUUCACCCCUACAUCGCCGAUCCCAGUAGUGGUCUGAAUGCUAUCUACUCGCCGCGCGUCUGCUGGAGCCGGGAAAACUACUGCAGUUUCAUGCGCCCCGCCACGGAAGAGUUCGAACCGGGCUUCGGCUCUGUAUUUGGGGUUGAUUUUGAAAACGUUGAACAGGCGGCAGCCUUCUUCGACAACUUCCCGGUCUGUAAAGGACCUUCCUUUGGCGCAAAUGUUACUAUUGCACUACCCUAUGUCCAAUUGGUCAUGCAGAACCAGAAAGAAUGGGCAAAGGGUCAUGGGUUAAAUGAGACCCUAAUUCGGAUUUCGAUCGGUCUCGAAGACCCAGAGCUGCUUCUUGGGCACAUCAAAAGAGCGCUGCAGGCGGCGAAUGAUGCUAAAACACAGUGCUGUUCUACUUGCCAGGAACAUGAUCUUCACUAG